GGAAGCGUCGCUACCAUCCAGCCAUCAUGCUAGUGGAAGAAGUCCUGUGCAACUAGCUCUGCUAACUCAUGCAAUGACAGCUUGGGCUUGUUUUUUAUGAGUGUAGCCCGUAUUUGUAAUGGAAAGUGGGGUUUAGAAUGGAAACAUCAGCUUGUGCGUGAAAGGCUUCGUUCUGUUGGGAAAAGGACCCAAUAAGACCGCUGUCUCUGCUAACGAGCUCGUAAGCUAGCGGCUAAUCGUAACCCACUGCCUGCCUGCCUGCUAGCUAGCACCAGCGGCUCCACAGACAACAAGCGAAAGUCUCACGAGUCGGCGGUUCGACGUUGGAGAAUUCUACCAGUAUCAUGGAGAAGGCUGAUUUCUUGAAAGGACUUCCCGUCUACAAUAAGAGCAACUUUAGCAGGUUUCAUGCAGACUCUGUUUGUAAAGCAUCUAAUCGGAGGCCCUCUGUGUACCUUCCGACACGUGAAUACCCAUCUGAACAGAUUAUUGUGACAGAGAAAACUAAUAUCCUCCUGCGUUACCUUCAUCAGCAGUGGGACAAAAAGAAUGCAGCAAAGAAAAGGGAACAGGAACAAGGUGAGGGCGACAGUCCGGCACCGCCAAGGAAAAUCGCCAGGACAGAUAGUCAAGAGAUGAACGAGGACUCAUAAGUGUGUGUGUGUUUGAUAUGUGUGUGUGUUUGCGCAUAUAGGGCGUUGCCAAAUUAGACAAAGAGCAGAAAGGAUAGCCCCACCUGAACAAAAACAUCUGGUCAUUCUGUACCUGUCCAAAAACCGUUGACUUCAAAGUCUAUUUCAGAUAAAUGUCCGAUUUCUGACAGGUUUAAUCAGGGAGGGAACGUCAUCCUGGUGGUUCUUGUUUCAGUCUUGGCCAUUCCCUGUGUGGGCUGGUAUAUAUGUAUAUGUUUGUACGCAUGCUGAGCUGUGAGUGUGUGUACUGUGUGUUGUUCUGUGUGUGUGGGGUGUGAAUGAAUAGUUUAAUUAAGUGGCGGAAUAGAUGUAAGAUCAGCGACGGACUUGACAGAUGAAGUCAGACACUACCCUUAAAGAGUCUCAUCCUGGUACAUGACUCCUGUAGCCUUCUGUCACCCGGAGAGUCUGUCCCGAUUUGAUAACAUUUGUUACCGUUUUAAUUUUAUUAUAACUAUUAUUGUUUAUGUACGGCAAUGAGCUUCCUGCCAGCCACAGUGCCCACCCUCUCGGUUUCACUGCCCACUCUGCAACCACAUAGGGGCAUUGCAACAUUUCUCCACACUGUUCGAAUCAACAGAACCAAGGAUGCACUGUGAAGAACAGCACAAAGUAGAAGCAACUCUUCCAGAAAUCCCCUUAGAUGUGUAUUUAUGGUGAAUAUGCAUAUCUCCAUUUUAUUCUGGGACUUGUGCUUAUAGGAUCGAUGUUGUAUCGGUGAAUCUGAGAAGUAUUUUUUACAUCUAGCACCACCUUCUGGCGAAUUACCUGGACUGGCUCUGAGGUUUAGCUGUUCCGUCAACUACGUAAAAGUCCAAGGAUGAGAACAAGCGUAAAUAUGGAUCUGUGAAUUGUGACCUUGGGGUUUUAAGUUGCACAACUUGAUAACACGGGUUUUGAAGAAACAUAUGUAUAUGAUAUCUGGAAAAGGGAAAAAGAAUACAUGAAGUGUAAAUAAUUGCCAGUACCAGAAUUGGUUUAUCUGAUUAAAUAGCUUUGUGUCUGCCUUUUUGUAAAAAAAAUAAAAAAAAAAACAAAGAAAAAAAAAAAGCCCAUGGAUACAGUAGACAACAACAAUAACCCUUGUCGAAGUUAAGAGAAAAGCCCCGGUGCCCAGUGGAUGUUAUCUUGCCUUGCAUGUCGAUGUUUCACAGCUGGGUAUUGUGUUCCCGGGGUGGUGGUUUUCUGUUGUGUGACUGUGGACGGUGUUAGACUUAGAGGCCUUAUAACCUGACAUCAUGGUUCGGACCCUUUUGCUCCCCCGGCUCAGGGCCCAGGAUAGUCGUACUGAUGAUCCUGUAAUGUGACGGCUUGUGUGGCUCUCCGUGCAGAGCUGGCGUAGAUGAACACAGGGGGGUUCAGAGGGCGAUUAUAUUUUCAGCCAUAGAAUGCACAAUGAGCAUGCACAGCGACGUGCAGACGCCAUCCUGCCUUGUUCCUCCGAUUCAGUUUGUAUUGGUUUCAUACACUUGACACUGAAUAAAGCUUUUUUAAAUGUUCUUAUCACUGCCCCGCGGAGCCUCAUCAGAGCCUGUCGUCCUUCCUGUCCUUCUCUCGAUCAAUGCUGCGAUGUUGGUUGACAGUGUGGUCGGACAUCUUCCUACCUACAGUGUAAUAACCUGUCUGUUCCUGGAGCGUAAAACCAUGUUUAUGCUUCUGCUCAGACUGUUUUACAACACCCGAAGCCUUGCCCCAUCUCAUGUGUGUUAGAACAGAUAUAUUCCUUUUAGCUUUGCUGAAAUAAAACUCGACUGAAACUGG